AUGAACUUAGAUCUAACUAGUAUCUUAAAAGGAGAAAUAUCUAAGAAGCAAAAAGAGCUGGCUUACUCUAAAGGUGCUCAGCAACCAUGCAAUGAGAAAUCCCAGGCACAGGAAAGUGCAAACAUUGACGAAAUACCACGAGAAAUAGAGCAAGAAAGUACAAAUGAAAAAAACCUGCCAGAUAAUCAGCCAGAUGAAGAUAUUGGGGCCACCAUUAGUAAAUUAGAAAAUCGGCCAGAUAGAAUACAACAAGCCAUAGCUCAAGACAAUACUACUUCUGUAAUCAUCGAUCCAUCACAAAUUGGUUCUACUGAAGGAAAAUCUCUUCUGUCAAUGAAAUGUAAUUUAUAUAUUCACGAAAUAUUAUCUCGUUGGAAGGCGUCCUUGGAUGAGUAUCAUCCGGAGCUAUUCCUAGACACUAAGAAAGCGCUCUUUCCACUCCUUCUUCAAUUGCGAAGGGGCCAGCUCGCUUCGGAUUUGUUAAUUUCCCUUGCGACCGUUCUCUAUCAUUUGCAGCAGCCCAAAGAAAUAAACUUAGCAGUUCAAUCCUACAUGAAACUCAGUAUCGGUAAUGUAGCCUGGCCCAUCGGUGUCACCAGCGUAGGAAUUCAUGCUCGUAGUGCUCAUUCGAAAAUUCAAGGAGGCCGCAAUGCAGCUAACAUAAUGAUUGAUGAAAGAACGCGAUUAUGGAUUACCAGUAUUAAAAGGCUAAUAACUUUUGAGGAAUGGUAUGCCAGCAACCGCCAUAGCUUAGAGUAA